AUGGAAAACCUUGAUAGCCAUUAAAGAUAAAUUUACGAUUAAAUAGACAAGUUCUUUGAAGAAUUAAUAAAGAAAGCAAAAGCUAGAUAGUUAGAGCUGAAAAAGCAGUUCGAUGAAAUUGAGAAGAAAGAAAGAUUAAGAUUAGAAAAAGUAAAGGAAAAAUAUAAUCAAGAUCUAAAUCUUAUCAGAUAGUUUUCUAAUGGAUUCCUAGAAUUUUUCCUUAACUUUAAUGAGCAGCAUGACUUCAAUUCUAAUAAAGGUAAUUAUGAGAAGUUCCUCGCUGAUUUGGAAAAGAUUAAGGAGUAGUCUUAGAGAAAACCAUAUUAUUUCAAAUUACCCAAACAUCAACCUAGUGAAUUCAAGUUUAUUGAGACUGACCUAAAGUUGAUAGAUAAGAUGGGAAAAAUCAUGGAUAACUCAAGUGCCUAAACUCCAUUAGUGGUUUUCAACACAAUGUAAUUUGGGGUUUUUGAAUAUAGAGAAAGGACUCAGCAAUUUACUCAACUUCUGGUGAUUGAUGAGGAAAAUUUAGCAGAUAAAAUGCCUAAGAACUUUAAAUCAGUGUUUAUUGGCAAAGAGUCUUUCUUUAUUGCAGGUGGAUUCGAUUAAAAAGCUGGAAAGUCAUCAAAGAAGGCAUUUACUCUAGUAAGAGGUAAAAUAACUGAAAUAAUGGAGAUGUACAAAAGAAGAUAGUUCUUCUCAAUGGUGUAUGAGCCAAAACAUAAUUAGAUCUAUUGUAUUGGAGGCUUCAGUGUGAGCAAAGGCUCAGCACUAGAUAAUGUUGAGAGGUACUCAAUUGACAAGAAAGAGUGGGAAUAAGUAGCAAGUCUAAAUAACAGAAGAAUAAAUUGUGGAGCCUGCAUGAUUGGAACAAACCAUAUUUUCGUUUUUGGUGGGAGAAACGAAUCAGAUGUAUUUUACAAUAGUGUAGAGCGCUUGAAUAUAGAAUUGAACUUGUGGAAUUUGCUUAAGAUUUAGCUGCCCAAAAAGCUGUGUAAUGUGAUUGCUUUCACUUUUGAUAAAGAUAACAUAAUAAUACUUGGAGGACUGUAAAAAUUCUAGGGAGGAAUUGGAGGUGGAAAUGAUUAGAGAGAAAGUUUGAAAAAAAAUAACUCAGAUAAAGAUGCUGAGAAAUAGAUGCCAGAAUAUGAAAUUGAAAAGAGUGUCUAUCUUUACAAUUAAUCUAAGGAAGUUUGGUACCAAUUGAGAUCACUCCCAAACAACCAUAAGAUAUGCAAUGCAGUGCAUAAUGGCAAUGGAAAGUUCUACUUAUUCCUCUUAGAGUAGAAUAAGGCUGAUUUGCCACAAGCAAAAAUAUAUGAUCUAAAACUAUAAUGCCCAAAACUGGAUAGAUUCUGGUACUAUGAACAUACAAGAAAAUUGAUGGAUUAGAAGAAAAGCCAGUAGAAUACAGUUGAGAUAUUUAUUAAUGAUAGAAGAACUAAGAGAGAUAAGGUCAUCGACCCAAUAUAGAAAGCAAUAGAAGAUAAGAUGAACAAUAAAAUAACUGAUUUAAUGUAAAACCCUCUGAGAGACCUGAAGUAAAAUGUAGUAUCAGGAAAAGAUAUUGAUAAUCCUCUGAUGACAAAUCAAACAAUCUCAACUUAUUAACCUAUUAACAAAGAUAGAAUACCUCAAGUCUAUGAAUUGCAAGAAAUUAAGAAAGUGAACCCAGAUGAUAAGAUGAAUGAAGCCGAUCUUGAUCUAAGUAUCAGGGAUCCUUUAAGAAUGAGGGAUGACAUCUUUGGCAACCUAAAUGAUCUGAGACUUAAAGACAACUUCUCUUAACUAAAUCAAAGCAGUUUUAUCCAUGAUUUACCAUAACUUGGAACAAGGAGAUCAUCUUAAGCUUAGAUGCAACUUAUGUUUAAUCAAGAAUUUCAAGGACUAAAUCAAAGCAAUCUUGGACCACAAUUGAACUAAUCUCACAGAUAAUCAAUACUCAAUAAUACAGCAACCAUGAGGGGGUAAAGUACUAUGCAGCAGUAUAAUAACAAUUUUUAUGAUGAUCCUUUUGAGGAAGAGUAUUAGGAUUACCCACGAGCAUUAAACAAUAACAACUAGUUUAAUAAUUAUAGAGGCCAGCAAUAUUAAUAUAGAGACUUUGUUGAUGAUUUCAAGAACUCUAAAUUCUUCAAUGAUAGUGAUGAAGAUCUUUGA